AUGGAAUUAGAGUUUGUAGCAUUGGAUAAAGCUGCUGAAGAAGCAGAAUGGCUUAGAAACUUUCUGGAGGACGUUCCAAUAUGGCCAAAGCCUAUCAAAGCCAUUUGUAUACAUUGUGUUAGUAUGGCUGCUCAAGCUCAAGCUAAAAAUAGUGUAUACAAUGGGUAUACUAUAUUGUCUUGGUUACUACAAAUGGUGAUCAGUUCAAGAUCAGCUAUAUCCACUGCAUCAUCAAGUAACUCCGGUGGAGCAGCAUGCCUCAGUGUAUUAACAGACCAGAAAUACUUUCAAGGAGGCUUUGAGAAUUUGGAGAAGAUAAGGAAUUCAGGAGUGAAGUGCCCUUUGUUAUGCAAAAAGUUUGUUAUAGAUGCUUGGCAAAUAUACUAUGCUCGCACAAAAGGCGCAGAUGCAAUCCUGUUAAUUGUUGCUGUUUUACCAGAUCUUGAUAUCAAAUACAUGACUAAGAUCUGCAAAUUGCUUGGUUUAACACCACUUGUGGAGGUACAUGAUAAGAGGGAGAUGGAUCGUGUUCUUGGGAUUGAUGGGAUUGAACUUAUUGGAAUAAACAACCGUAACCUCGAAACAUUUAAGGUUGACAUCAGCAAUACUAAAAAUCUUCUUCAAGGAGAACGUGGGAGAAUAAUCCGAGAAAGAGGCAUAAUUGUCGUUGGUGAGUCUGGACUUUUUACACCUGCUGAUAUUGCAUACGUGCAAGAAGCUGGCGUCAAAGCGAUAAAUGCUAUUCAUACUAGCUUUUGGAAGAUAUCUAUGGUUAUGGUUGAAGAAUGUUGAAGACAAAAUUGCCUUUUGCUCAUGGAGUGGUUCAUUUAGAUGUUUUUCAAUUUCUUAAACUGUGAUUGCUUUUGUAAAUGUACCUUAUGUACAAGUGAUAUUUUGGACAAAUGUUAUUUUUGUAGGCAUUAGUUGGGUAAUGUACACUUGAAUUUGGCAUUUGAGACUGCUAUAUUAUUAACAUGUAAUCUAAUGCAAAUACUUUUGGUUAUCAA